UCCUCGGUCUGUCCCAGUCAUUGAUUGUACGCGCAAGUCCAGAGCUGGCCCAAACACCGAAAUAAAUGUGUUUGAUGGAAAUAUCAAUAUGCGCAGAUCAUUAAUAUUCAGCAUGAGAUCUUUGAGCAGUUUGUUGUGGUUCAUUCUAUUCCUAUUAAUCAUAAAAGUAUACGCCACGCUGGCCAGCCCAUUGGCUGCCAAAAGUGAAGCCUAUUCGAAGACAGCUGCGGCAAAUGCCAGCAAAAAAGCGAAAGUAACCAACUAUUUUCUGCACGAGCCAUACGGCCCCAAUACAUACGCCUUUGGCUACGAGAUCGAUGAUCCGCAGACGCAGAAUGUGCAGUUCCGCGAUGAGCGACGCUUUGUGAAUGGCAGCGUCGAGGGUAGCUACGGGUAUGUGCGGCCCGACGGCCUCAUAGAGGUGACCAAGUACCGGGCCGAUGAGAAUGGUGGCUUCCUGGCACAGACGCAGAGCUUCCAGCCGGGCGAUGAGCAGGCGAAGACGGCGUGGCCCACCCAGCGACCGGGCAUAAUUGUGGACAGACACAAGGUGCAGUCGCCGGCGAAUGUCACGUGGGAUCCCAAGAGCCAUCUCAAUGUGAGCGUCUCCCAUGUGGCCGACGAUGUGGCCAAGCAGCUGAAGGAGCAGCACGGCCUCGACCUGAAUCACAUCGAUGUGACCAAAGAUGUCCUACAGCCAGCGGUGCUCGAUGUGCUGCAGGGCAAGGCGCCGCUCAAGAAUCAAACCAAAGACGGAACUCCCUUCCAACCGGUUCAAAAUGUGAUACCCAAUCGUUUUCCCAUCGCUCCCUUUAUGCUGCCCACGGACACGGAGCCCAUCAAGGCCACAACCGAGGAACCACAGCCCAAGGGAAAUUCUAAUUCAAAGUACAACCGCGCGAAGACCAACAACGCGGAGAAGGCGCCGCAAGUGGAGGCGCCCGAGUCGGAUUUGCUGCCACCCCCGAGGCCAUUGGUCAAUGAGGCUGCCAGCGAUGCAAAUUGGUAUCAGCGGAUCAUUGAUGCAAAUCGUCGUGAAUUCCUUAACAAUCUACCAAACUUAAGCAAAGUAAAUGCCUGAAAAUGUGCGCCCAAAAAGUAACUUAGAGACAUCCCCCACUAGCAUUAGUUAGACCAGCCUUCUGCUGGUUAUUAGGUAAGCUUCUUUCACUUUUCAAUGGCCACAAAAAACUAGCGAAAAGAAAACAACAAAAGAAUGCCAACACACAACAUAAUUGAGGCUGGCAAUAAAAGUGAGACCAAAAACG